AUGGAGCCCCUUUUCUCUGGCGUCUCCAACAACGCCCACCAUCUCUACACACUGCUCUCCUGCAUUGGUUUCGCACAUAAGGCCACCGUCCAAAUCACCCCAGAUGGCCUCCGAUUCUCAGUGGAGGAAGGCCGCGUCAUCCAAGGACUAGCCUUUCUCGACAAGUCGCUCUUCACCAGCUACACAUUCAAUCCAUCGACCGACACCCAACAUAACAGUCAGAACGGAACACCCCAAGACGACAAUGAAUCCUCACAAAAUGGGGCCUACCCUCACUUUGUCGUUUCCCUCUCCGCCAUCCUCGAAACCCUAAAGAUCUUCGGCAUCAACGAGCUCUCCGAAUCCAAUCGACCCCGCGACUCUAGCAUCACGCAAACCGGCAUCGCCUCGUCAAGCGCAUUUAACGCCCCAGCCCUGCUAAUGGACCGCUCCUGCACCCUACAAUACGCCCAACACGGCGCCCCGCUUAGCAUCACCAUCACCGAAGCUGGCGUAAAAACAACCUGCGAGCUAGUAACCUAUGAGCCCGACGAAGACGAAGCAGACAUUCCUCUCCAGCGAGACGCCAUCAUCAUGAAAAUCAUCAUGCGGUCCGCCUGGCUACACAAUGCCAUCGCCGAACUCGACUCCUCCACCCCCACAAUCCUGAAACUGUCCGCCUGCGCCAAGCGAGAACCGUACUUUGCUCUUUCCGGCGCGGGCGGCCCGUUCAGUGAAUCCACUGUGGAGUUCUCGGUUGACCAGCACAACGAGAUCGCCGGUGGUGCUGGUCAGGGCUCCACACAAUCUCAGAUGCACAAGGUGUUGUUCGAUGAUGGCUCUUCCCGGGCUCGCGCAACUAGAGCUAAGCUUGCGCCUACGGUCACGGAAACUUUCCUUGUUUCUCCUCCUUCUUCCAUGGGCGAGCGCAUUCAACAGAGCUAUCGCUUUGCGUUGAUUCGCAAGGCUGCGAGGGCUAUGUCUGUCGCUAAUAAGGUUAGUAUCCGUGGGGAUCGGCAGGGGGUGUUGAGCUUACAGUUCAUGGUUGAGCUUGAUGAUCAUAAUGUGCCAGUGGGCAGACCGGUUGGUGCUGGCGUAAAGGGUCCCAAUGGACCUGUCUGCUUUGUAGAUUUCCGGUUUGUGCCAUUGCUAGACGAAGAGGAGGCUGAGAUGGAGAUGGGCCCAGAAGGCGAAUAG